AUGUCUUCAGUGGCUAAGCAGGGUGGAGAGGACUGCCACGGAUCAGCACUAAGUGCUGAUGCAAAAGUAGCAGCUACGGCAGUCACUUUCACCACCACCACUACCAUCAACAUUAAUAUUACUGCAGCCGUAGCUACUGAGACUCCACCAUUAUCCGCUUAG